AUGACUAGGAAGCUCAAACCUACACUAGCUCUUUUCCCUCCUUCUUUGGCACAGCUAGCUAUAGAAGCCCAUACUCAAAUGUGUCUUCAUAUCUCAACAAAUGAAGGAUUCCCCGCUUCUAAUAUACACUCUGAUAUCUCAUGGCAAAUAAUCACUGAAAGCUCCAAGAUUAGCAACAGCUUUGAAUCCAAAUUAAGGGAGGUUGAAGAAAAUGAAGUGUUGAAAAUCUUCAUGAUGGAUUAUGUAUGGUUUGCUGGGCCCCAAAUAUGGGAAGAGGUUGUAGCCAAAGCCAGACUCAUGAUCAAUGGUGCAUAUGGUAUCCCAGGGGAUAUGUCUCCUGAAGAAAUCAAACUUGCUGUUCAGUGGUUGAUUGAUACAUGUGCAUUUACUGAUGGGGACCUUGAUAUAAAAGGAAGAACCUAUAACAAGCAAAAACCAUUCUCAAACCCUGUUUUCAAGGAUCUCAUAAGGAACCAAUGGUUUGGAAGAAAAGGUGAAGGAAUUAGGUUAAGUGUGCUCUUAGAGCCUAUAAUAGUGGUGGUAAGAGCAUACAAGGUUUUUCAGAGAAUAUGUUCAAAAUUAGUUCUGCCUAAUCUUAUUAGUAGAUGGGGAUUCUACUUUGAGAAGCUCUCUACACUCCAGAAGCAUUGCCCUAGUUGGAUGACUCAAAUGAGGAAUAAUCUUUACGAAAGCAUUUUACAAUCAGCCAAUCUUCAAUAUCUUAAUCAAAAACCUCAAGAAGACAAUUAUAGGAUUGACUUUGAUGCUUUAGAGGAAACUAUGGUAGCAUAA